AUGACCAGAAGGCGAAUGAUAUGCGAGGAGGAGGAGGAGGAGGAGGAGGAGGAGGAGGAGGAGGAGGAGGAGGAGGAGGAGGAGGAGGAGGAGGAGGAGGAGGAGGAGGAGGAGGAGGAAGAGGAGGAGGAGGAGGAGGAGGAGGAGGAGGAGGAGGAGGAGGAGGAGGAGGAGGAGGAGGAGGAGGAGGAGGCGGAGGGAGGGAGGGCCGUUACUGGCGAGGCUACACCCACAAGCCACAGACGCAAGGGAGCAAUGGCGGAGGAGGAGGAGGAGGAGGAGGAGGAGGAGGAGGAGGAGGAGGAGGAGGAGGAGGAGGAGGAGGAGGAGGAGGAGGAGGAGGAGGAGGAGGAGGAGGAGGAGGAGGAGGAGGAGGAGGAGGAGGAAGGGGCAUGGAAAUCGAAAAAAACAGAGGGUCAGGCCUCUGCCCUGCCUGCACCGACGGAGAAAGUAGGAAUGACAUGA